AUGGUCGACUUCCCGGCGCUGUCCGGCGUUAUGGAAGGUAUUCGCCGCAUUGCUCAUGUCCAUGCUCGGGUUGCUGUUGCGGCUAGAAAAUAUCGGAUUGAUUCGUUAGAGUCACUGGCCUGUCAGAACUUUUCCGCAUGGGCGGAGUGGCAUUGGCAAUCCUCUUCAUUUAUCCUCGUCGCAAAAGACAUAAUCUAUUCCCAGAUUGCCGGUAUCUCCACUCUUCAGAAUAUCAUCCUUGACACUAUGCUAAGAAAAUUCCAUGUUUCUGUUCAAAAGGCUCAAUUUCAAGAGCUCCUCAAAAGGUACGGCAGCCUCGGGUCGGUUUUUAUCACCAAAAUUAUCGAGCAUUAUCGAGCAAGGUCAAGGCAUACAGCCCCUGCCGGUGGAGAAAAGUCUUUCGCUACAACUGCUGCUGGGAAAACCGAGCUUUUGUCGUCUAUGUCGGCAUUGCUUCGCGGAUAUCAAUGUUAA